UUCAUUCCAUCAAACACAGAAACACAAACUCACUUCCUAUCUUCACCCAAACAUAUCAAAAUUUAUCUAUAGUUAUCUAGUUUUCCCAUUUUGAUCUCUAAUAUACAUCUUGAUCAAACACAUCAAUUUUUACUCUUUCACAAGCUGCUUUUCAAACAUCCCAUAUAACACUAAUGGAGAAUCUACAAAAGAUGAUCUCUGAGAAGUCGGUAGUGAUCUUUAGCAAGAACUCUUGCUGCAUGUCUCACACAAUCAAAACUCUCUUCUUCGACUUUGGUGUUAACCCGACGAUCUAUGAACUAGACGAGAUCAACAGAGGGAAAGAGGUAGAGAAAGCAUUGGCUCAGCUCGGGUGCAGUCCCACCGUACCGGUGGUGUUCAUAGGAGGGCAGCUUGUUGGUGGAGCCAAUCAAGUCAUGAGUCUCCAUCUCAAUCGUUCUCUCCUUCCCAUGCUUAAGCGCGCUGGAGCAUUAUGGCUUUGACUUCAAAAAUAAAUGGGAGUGUAAUGUAAUGAAGAAACUAAUUAAAGUGAACUAAAAAGACAUACACAAGAAUGUAUGUAUUAUGAGUUAAUAUGUCUAUCUAAGUUUUGAAAAAGAUAGAUUUAUCCGUCACCUAUUUUGUAAAGUGUGGGGAUGUUUUUAUAAUAAAAUGAACUAUCGUUAGAUUUCUUCU